AUGAGGUUCAGCUUCCUGGCUGCUCUGGCCUUGGCUUCGCAAGCCCUGGCUGUUCCCCAUUCAGUGCUCCAGAAGCGCUACCCGAGUGGAUCGUUCUCGAUCCUUGCCUAUGGCAUCGCAUCCAGUCCCCUGAACGUGUUCUACUCUGACGGACUUGCUUAUGUGGGUGAUGCUUCAAAAUGGGAGUCUGGGUCGGUGACUACUGACAUUACAUGUAUCUUCAAUAACACGCAAAUCUCUGCCACGGCCACCAACAAAGACUACACAUUUGAUGACGAAACAUUUUUCUAUAUCCGCCCCACGGCCGAUGAGGUCCUUCCAGUAGGAUUCACUGGCAACAACAAUGACGUGCCUGAGGAUGCGGUUGCAGGCUCAUUCUUGUUCUACGGCACAUAUCUCAUGUGGCAAGCAGAUGACGGGGUGUUGAGUGAUUCGUUCCGUUUGAAAGAGACUGAUGUGAGCGAGGUCUAUCAGCUAUAUUGGGAUACCUCGAAUCUGUACCCAGCUGGGUAUCUGGUUCCGGUCAUCAAGUCUUCCAUCUAG